CUUUCUGUAUGCAAUUUUUUAUUUUUUAUAAUAUUAUAAGUAUUCAAAGAGAAGAGCGUAAAGAAUGAUUUGUUGUGUUAGUUUGUUACCAUGGUUAAAUUGAUCGACGCGCGUGCGUACGUUUAUUACACUCUACGAUAUUACAAGCAAAGUUGUAACAGCCUUCCUAAUUACAAAACUAAGAAUUUUCAUCAAAACCUUAGAAAAUUUGCUUAUUUGGAUUGAAAUAUUAAAAUCUUUCUGAUCUGAAAAUAUUAAAAUUUGUUCAAGCAUCUAGAUAUUAUUCAGUGUACUGAAUGGAAUAAUAAAUAAAACUGUGUAAAAGUAGAUUUUGAAAAAUUUCUGUUUCAUAUUAGUAUUUUACGAGAUAUAACAGAAAAUUACAUUUUGGUCCAGAAUGACUCUGCCACUGUCAAGGACAGACUAUACAGCUGUAGGUGUCACAUCUAGGGGAACCACCAAGGUCUUCCCUGCCACAGAACACAGGCAAACUCAAAAAUUUGCUGUUGCUGACCAUGAUGGCGUACUUCAUGUCUAUGGUAUAAAGAAAGGAGAGCUACAAGUUUCAUUUAAGUCCUUACCAGGACCAAGGAUUAACAAAUUAGUUCUUGGGGGUACUGGACAUGAUAAGAUUUACAUUGCACAAGGAAACACAGUGAAGGGGUACACCAAGAAAGGAAAAUUGUUCUUGGAAUUUGAUACAAACCUUAUAGAUCCUAUUUCAGCACUAUAUGUGCUGGGUCCAAAUUUGGCAGCAUGUGCAAGAGAUCUUUACCAUAGAUACCAUGAUUGCAAAGAUGCUGAUUCCUAUUUAGCUGGUGAAACUUUAUAUGACAUUGUCCUCCUACCUACUGAUGGCAAUUUCAUGUUUGCUAUACUAGCUUGUGGAGAUUGUGCUAUACGAGUCCUUCAUGGUACCAAAACCCCAGCAAUCCUCAGACUUCCAAGUGUGCCCACAGUAUUAUCUCUCUAUAGGGAAGGUGAUCUUGAAUCUAAAGAACGUGUUCUGGUUGGAACUAUAGAUGGCAAAGUGGGUUUGCUGAUCCUUCACGGUAACAAAACACUGAGGAUCACUUGGCUUUUGAAUAUGACAGGCUCAGAAGUCACUUCUUUAGAUACUUAUGAACUACAGGAUGGUCUAGAUAUACUUAUUGGCAGACAGGACGGUACCGUUGAAGUAUAUACUUUUCCUGAAGAAGAUAUGUUGCCUUUUCUGCGGUAUCGUUAUAAUGCCAAGGAAAGCAUCAGUUCAGUGGUAGGAGGUAUAAUUGGUGCAGCAGGGUAUCCUGAAGUGUUAGUCACCACAUAUUCAGGACGAAUAUUUGGCUUGACUACUAAGCCUCCUGGACUACUAGAAGCUGACCAGAAUGAUGGUUUGACCAAGUUAAAGGCAGAGAUAGAACAAUUACAGGAAAAACUUAAGGAAGAAAAAGAAGCAGCUAGUUUUUCAGUUGAUCCUUUAGCACCAUUGAUUCUAUCUGUAAAUCAUAGAAUGAUUUUAAACAGAGAAGAUGCAUCAUAUUCUCUUUCCAUAGAACUUGAUACACCUAUUGAUAACAUUUUGAUACAAUCAGAUACUCCAAUUGAAUUAUUGGAUGUGGAAAGUAAUAGUGCAGUAGUUAGUCUGUCUACUUGUAAUCCUAGAGAAGGCAAUUUUGUUCUUGCUACCUAUCGUUGUCAAGUAAAUACUAAUCAUCUUGAAAUGAGGCUAAGGACAAUAGAAGGACAGCCUGGUACUUUACAGAUUUACGUCACUUCACAAGUACAACCAAAAUGUUGUCGCAAAAUAUCAAUACCCAUAUCUGCUCUUUCUCUUCAUGUAAGACAGCACGAAGCCGAUAACUCGGAAACUCACGUUGAAGGACCCUUUAAUGAACUGAAAUUAAUUGGAGGUUUUACUGUUGCAGAAAUGCAUGCAUGGCUUUCUUUCGCGUUAUCAGAUGUGCCGGAGAGACCUCAUUUGGAGGAAGGAGAAGCUACUUUGACAUAUGUCUCAUCUUUCAUUGGAACCCUCCUAAAAUGCAAAUACAAAAAAGGAAGUGCAAUUUUCCUAGGAGAGAAUAUAUCAAGCAUCAUAAUUCUCAGAGACAUAUUAACCAGGGAGGCAACAAAAAGAAAAAUCAAAUUAGACGUUUUCUGUGAUGUUUCUGAUGGUAGUAUAUCCAGAGUAUUGGAAUUAAUUUUUCCACAAUUAAAUGCUGCUCAUGACCUAAUUACAAAAGUAAAGAUUUUGAAUGCUCUGGAGGAAUGGGAGUUGAAGGAAAAUCCUAAAGAAAAUCUGUGCUCAGAGUAUCAGGGAUUGAUACAGAAGGAAUCAGAGAUCAAAUCCCAAAUGGCAAAGGACAAUGAAAUAUUGGAGAGGCUACACGCAGUAAUUACAGAUCUCUAUGUUGAUUGGGAAAGAGCGAAACGUUCUCGUAGAAUCGGUAACAAAGACGUUGCGGAGAAGCUCAGCGCAGCUCUUAAGUCCAGAGAAUUAGCUCAAGUUUUACAAGCUUUUAUCGACACGAGUAACACGGUACCUCCACCAUCCUUGUAUAAAGAUUGAGCUAACACCGCUUCUUUUUCUCACUUCGUGGAAAAUGCAAUAAAAGUGGACCACAGUGUUUCUAUAAAUGUUUUCACGUAAAAAAUAUAUUUUUUUUGUCAACGACGAUUCGCGAA